CUAACUUUCUUCUCCCCCCCUCCUCGCCCGCUCGCCCUUCCUGUGCGAAGUGGGAUCGGGCUGCCAUCGACACCCGCGCCGGAGCGCGCUCGGCUGCAGGCGGAGCGGCGGCGGAGCGGGGCCAAGCCAGGGGGGCGCAGUCCCUGACUUGCCCGCGGGACUCGCCGGGGGAGCAGAGCGGGGCGAGGCGGGGAGGAAAUCCGGCCGCGGGGGGCGCUCCCAUGGAUGGGCACCGGAGGAGCUUCCGCGCCCCGCGUCCCUGGCCCGGCUGCCCCGCUAGGCGCCUGCGGUGAGCGGCGGCGGAGCGAGGAUCUAAUCUGGCUACUGUGUUCUGGAAGAGGAGGAGGAGAGAGAGAGACAGCACGAGAGAGUGAAAGAGAGAGAGAGAGAGGAGCACAAGAAACAUUGCAGAUAACAAGCCCCAGCCAUGCAGUCCUUUCGAGAAAGGUGUGGUUUCCAUGGCAACCAGCAGAACUACCAGCAGACUUCACAAGAUACAUCACGCCUGGAGAAUUACAGGCAUCAAAGUCAGGCAGGGCCGAACUGCGAGCGUCAGAGGCUGGUGGCGAAGGAGUACUACAGUCAGCAGCAGCUGCCUUACCCAGGGUACGAGAACAGCGCCGCGGAGAAAUAUCACAGGGGAAAUAAGCAAUUGCCUGGCCAGCAGCUGCAAGGCCGGCCGGCCUUUUCGAAUUACGCAGUCCAAGAGAACAGCCCGUACCCGGCCCGCUAUUCUGGGGAGGAGAGCCUGCAGACCUGGGGAGCUCAGCAGCAAUCCUUAGCCGGAGGAGUGGCGAAGUAUGAGGAAAACUUGAUGAAAAAGAGCCCGGCUCCCGCCGGCAGCAGGCAGUACCACGAGCAAACGGCUCAGCUUCCGUUCCGAACUCACUCCUUGCACCUGCCGCAGCAGCCGCAGCCACCUGCCUUGACAUAUCCCAAGCUGCAAAGGCAGAAGAUCCAAAAUGACGUCUCCUCACCCAUGUCCUUUUCCCAGACCGGCCACUUCACCCAGCACUCCCAGUCCCAGUUCCCAGCCUCUUCGACGUACUCCUCCGUCCCAGGAGGGAGCCAGGCAGCUCACUCGUAUAAAAGCUGCAUCGCGCCCUCCAGCCAACAGCACGAGCGGCCUCUUGGAGGUGCUGCGAACCUGGCAUCUGGGCAGCGAGUACAGAACCUGCAUGGCUAUCAGGCAAACCGAAUUAGCUACGACCAGCAGCAGCAACAACAACAACAGCCGCCCUUGCAAGGAAGGCAUCAUGCCCAGGAAACGCUUCACUAUCAAAACCUAGCAAAGUACCAACAUUAUAACCAGCCAGGCCAGACCUAUUGCCAGACUGAUGCUCCUGUGAGGACGCCAGAGCAAUAUUACCAGACAUUUAGUCCUAGCUCAAGUCAUUCUCCAGCUCGUUCUGUUGGUAGGUCUCCAUCCUAUAGCUCCACUCCAUCUCCUCUGAUGCCAAACCUGGAGAAUUUCCAAUACAGCCAGCAAUCUCUCAGCACAGGGUCUUUCGCUGCCGGCAUCACUGACCACAGCCAUUUCAUGCCUUUAUUGAAUCCUUCUCCAACAGAUGGGACGAGUCCAGAUGCUCAGUCCGGGAACUGCAAAAACUUGCAGAAGGAGAAGAUCCCUGAAAACCUCCUGUCCGAUCUCAGUUUGCAAAGUCUAACUGCGCUCACCUCGCAAGUCGAGAAUAUUUCCAACACUGUCCAGCAGCUUCUCCUUUCAAAAUCAGCAGUGCCCCAGAAAAAAGGCAUCAAAAACCCUCCUAGGACCCCAGAACAGCUCAAAGGCCAACACUGUAGUCCAGAGAGCAGCACGUACUCUGCCGAGCAGGUAGGCACCCCCCUAUCGGACCCCCUUAGCACCCCUCAGUCAGUACAUGCUGAAGCUCAGGAUGCCGAUUAUCUGAGCGGGUCUGAAGAUCAACUAGAGAGAAAUUUCCUUUAUUGCAGUCAAAGCCGCAGUCCAGCAAGGGUCAACAGCAACUCCAAGGCCAAGCCCGAGUCGGUCUCUACCUGCUCGGUGACUUCUCCAGACGACAUGUCCACGAAGUCCGAUGAUUCUUUCCAGAGUAUUCAUGCUAACCUGCCCUUGGAAACAUUCACCAAGUACAUGACCAAUGAAAGGGAGUGCCCAAGGCUGCUCCUGAGUGCGCUGUCUCAGGAGGAGCUGGCUUCCGAAAUCAUUGUGCUACAGGACGCUAUCAACGAGAAGGCAGACAAAGCCUGGGCCAACUCCCCCGCUUUAAACAAAGACCCUGCAAAAUCCCCCUUCCAUGUAGAAAAUCACAGAACAGGUCUGGACUCAAUGGUUAAGAGCACAUGGUCCAACCAAGGUGACUCGGGUACCCACCCCGAACCCCUGAAAUUAAACAAAGCCUCUGGGGGAAACAACAGUAAGGAUUUCAGCGAAGAGGUUUAUGAGAAUGCCCAAGUGGAGUUUACAACAACUGAAACAAAGAAUGCUCUUAAAGUCACCAGUUCCCUGGCGUAUAAUUCCAAACCCAGUAUCCCAGCUGCUACUUCCAGUUCUGAGGCCGCCAGUUACAGCUGCUAUUCAAACACCACGGCCAACUCAGUGGGUUCCGAAAACACCAUGGAGCAUUUUGACUGGCCAGAUGAAAGCAUCAGUGAAUCAUGCCUGAGGUGGAAGGAGCUUGGGCCAUGUCUACAAUCAUCAGAUCUUUCCAAGGGUUUGUUCCACAGCAAAUUGGCUGGGUCUUGCAAAGAGAAAAAAAAUGUCUGCUGCAUGGAUAUAUGUGACGGUGAACAAUCAGCCAAGAAUGAACAAGCCGAGGACUUCAGCCAGCAGCAGAUGGGGGAGGAAGACACUUUGACGUAUGAUGAGGCCACCAAAGCAGAUAGUGAGAGGUGGCUGGAGGAUACCAGGCACUGCUGUUCAGGUGGGGACUUCAGCGAAAUCCCGAUGAUAUCAUCUCCAGAUCUGAAGGAGUCUGAUUUGGAACCAGAAGAAUAUUCAUCUCUGUGUGAGCUGGCUAGUUCAGAGCAGAAGUCUGUGAUCUACGAUACAUCCCCACCUAAACCUCCUGAGAAUGCUGCGGUGCUCUCCUCCAAGGAUGUGCCGGUAUCAGCAGAAGAAACUGUAAGCACAGUGGAGAAAGAAGAUUCAGCUCCCUCCUCUCGUUUGUCUGGACAGUCUGUUAUCCUCUUGGGCCCAGCAGUUGGCACUGAAACCAAGGUGAAAAGUUGGUUUGAAUCUUCUCUGCCUCACAUAAAACCUGAGGAGGACACAACGGUAGGUGAAAGCGUCCUCCAGGAGAAGACAGAGACUGAAACGACCUUGUCUGUUAAGGUAAAGAAGCAAAUACUACCAGAAAAUUUGCUGGCAAAAUCAGAGUCGAUCUCGAGGGGCAAGACUCUUCGCAGCAAGAGGGUCCAUUCCAGGUUGUCAGAAGGAGAGGAAUCCAGCAAACCAGUACCAAGCCCGUUCAAAGACAUCCAGGCAGCUGGCAUGGUGGCCAACACACGUGUAGGGCCAGAUGGCCAGAUGGAAACAACAAGCAAAAAUGCCCAUGGCCAGACUCCUAGGUUUCCAACUGAAGGCUUGCCAGCUCGGAUGUGUACCCGCUCUUUCACUGCCUUGAGUGAGCCCAGGACGCCAGCCCCACUGGAAGGACUGAAGGUGUUGGCCCAUCAAGAAAAGUUAGGGAAGAAACCAGUUUGUGGCAUGAAGCAGAGAGUGGCUUUCAAAGCCAGGAAACGCACCGGAAGACCGGCCCCAAAAGUUGUUCAAAAUCCCAGUGAACCCACUUCUCUCCUGGUCCCAAACUUGGUGCAGAACGAGGACUUUAUUGGCCAAAAGGCUAAAGGCCUAGAGCCCCAAGACGCAGAGGUGAAGGACCAGAGAUCCAUGAUCCUGCGGUCUAGGACCAAGACACAGGAGGUCUACACGAAAAGGAGAAGGGAGAAGAGGACUGCAGAUGUCAGGCUCAAAAACUGUAAAACACCCAAGAAGCUCCUUUCAAACAACCAUCUACCCCCCACCUUCAAGAUCACACCCCCAGGGGGGCCACACAAAGAAGGGAAGGUGGGCAAAAGAAUGAAACUCUCCAAAUCCGGGCCUGGAACGGGCAGCAAACUGUCUGAGCGGCCGCUGCAUUCGCUGAAGAGAAAAUCAACCUUCGUGUCCCCUAUCCCUACCAAAAAGAGAAAUUUAGUUUUAAGGAGCAGCAGCAGCAGCGCAAAAGAGGAGAAGCCCGAAGCCUCCCCCAAUCUCUUUAAAAGGAUGCCGUCAACCAAAAAGGCGAGAGCUAAACUGCCCACAAAGAGCUCCUGCGAAGCAGCCUUGACGCCCCCUCCAGCUAAAGAACCCCCCAACGUCUGUAUUAAAAUCACCUCUCGGGCCGCAUUUCAGGGGGCCAUGAAGACAAAAGUGCUGCCCCCGAGGAAAGGCAGGGGCCUGAAGCUGGAGGCCAUUGUGCAGAAGAUCACCUCGCCGAAUUUAAAGAAGUUUGCAUGCAAAACGGCCGCCGCUACUGCACACAGUAAUCCUCUGAGCCCUGCCGGCGCGGAGAAGGAGCGGGCCUUAAAGAAUGCAAGUGUAACCCCAGCGGUGGGAGAAGCGGGGCCAUUAAACCAGGGCAUGGCACAAAAGGCUCCUGCCGCUUCAGUAGCAGAGCAAUUAUGCAGAAAUUCGAACAACAGACCCUUAAAAGGAAAACUAAUGAACAGUAAGAAACUGUCCUCUGACUGUUUCAAGGGUGAGGCCUAUUCAUCUCCCGAGACAGCGCAGCACAACGGCAGCAGCAUGGCUGCGAAGAGCAUCAGCCUGCUGCCCAAGAAGAGGAACCGAAAAGGGAAAGCAGCAGCCUUCAGCGUGGCCAAAAACCCCUUGGAUAGGCGGGCGCAUCUCGCCCCUGCUCUGCUCCUGACGGCCAGAGAGCGGGCAGGCGCGGGGGACGCGCUGGGGAACGGGGAAGACGGACAACGGGACGGGAAGAAGCCGAAGACCGAGGACAAAGACUUGGCCAAGAAUGAACCCCCUGAGGGGAGAAGCUCCCAGACCCAAACCCGGGUGCAGAAGCAGCGAGCGAACCACUCCAGCUACAAUGGCUACUCCAAGAGACAAAGGAAACGGCACACCCGCAGCAAGGCCAAGAACGUGGCCGCCAGGUGUAAAAGCAGGGCGAAGCGGCAGCAGCAGGCCCCGCUGCUUAACCCCGCGGAGCCCGAAAUCAGGCUCAAGUACAUCUCGUGCAAGCGGCUGCGGACGGACAGCCGAGCGCCGCCCUUCUCCCCCUACGUGCGGGUGGAGAAGCGCAACGAGUUCACCACCACCUGCACCGUCAUCAACUCAGCCGGGGAGGAGGCCAGGCUCCACAAGGAGCAGCAGCCUUCGUCCUCGGCCCAGGCCCUGCUUCCCGGCGGGGCCUCCCUGCAGCCCAAAGCGGCGCUGCCUUUAUCUUCCACAAUGCACCUGGGCCCAGUGGUGUCCAAGGCCCUCAACGCAGCCUGUCUGGUCUGCUGCCUCUGCCGGAACCCAGCCAAUUACAAAGACCUGGGGGAUCUCUGUGGGCCGUAUUACCCGGAGCACUGCCUGCCGAAAAAGAAAUCGAGGCUGAAAGACAAGAUUAAAGUGGAGGGGCCGAGCGAAGAGGCUCCCGUGCCUUCGCCGGCAGAGAGAACGCUCAAAACGACAGAUAAUAAUUGUACAACGAGUACAAUCAGUGGGAAGCCGCCAAGGCUGGACAGUGCUGCUGACUCAGCGAAACAGAGCGCUCUCCGGUCGAGUUCCAGGGGGAUGUUUAGGAAACUACAAAGCUGUUACUGCUGUGAUGAGAGGACAGAGGGAGAGGAGGCGGCAGAGAAGCCCAGACGGCAUGAGUGCAACAAAGCCGAGUCCCCGUCUCAGGAGCCGGUGGGAGACACGCAGGAGCACUGGGUUCACGAAGCCUGUGCUAUAUGGACCGCUGGGGUUUACCUGGUUGCAGGGAAGCUGUAUGGGCUACAGGAGGCGAUAAAGGUGGCUGCUGAAGUGAGAUGCUCUAGUUGCCAACAAGCAGGAGCAACCAUUGGGUGCUGCCACAAGGGAUGUGCCCAAACCUAUCAUUACGCAUGUGCCAUCGACACAGGUUGCUUAUUAACUGAAGAGAACUUCUCUCUGAAAUGUCCCAAACAUAAGAGGCAGCCGUUAUAAUCCAUCUGCCGGGAAGUCGCCCCGCCGCCAGGCCCAGGUCACCGCAGAGGCUCCUUGGUGCUUGUCUCACCGGUGGCUGCCAACGACAAGACCCCACAGGGAAAGGCAAGGCCGAAAGUGCAGAAUGUACCCAUCUGCGUCCAUUCCCCCGUGCAAUAGUGUUUCCCUGGGACGGGGGAGCACCCAGAAUACAGGCCAGGUGGGAAGCCAGUUCCAGGUUCUACUUCUACCCUUCUGCUCCCCGCAACACGCUACCAGAGCCAUUCCGGAUGGGCAUGGAGAUCUAGCUCCAGGGUCUUCUUGGAACUCUAUCCAGAGCCAUUCCAGGUGGGCACGUAAAAGCAUUUCCACGUUUUUCUCCUUCCCCCUCUGAACUCUACCCCGGAGCCAGUGGGCAAAGAAAUCCAGUUCCAGGUUUUUCCUCCUCUCCCCUUUAGGACCUGUAACUGACACUGAUAGUAACAUCUUUCACCUGGGACAAGGCCCCAGGUAAAUCCCGGCCUGGAGCAUUUUCAGCACCUCCCCUUGAAGUGGAUUCUGGGUAUACCUGCUGCGGUGGGACUCCCUUGACCAGAGAACGAAGGCGGCGCGUGGACGGUGGCUUCUCUGACCCGGUCCCAGAUGAUGCAAAUAACAAAACCCAUGGCAAAUACAGACUAUGUUUCAGAACUACAUUAGCUGCACAGGGGUGGGGUGGGGUGGGGGUGGGCUGGGGUGGGGUGGGGUGGGAGUACAGUGUAAAAGGGUUACUGACGAUGUUGUCUUACUCUGGAACAGCUGGACUAUGAGAGCUUUCCAGUCCUCCAUAUCUCACUCUGAUCUGAUCUGAGAUGUUGCCUUCAGCAAACCUCAUGGUGUCUGUCUGUAUAUAUGUGCUCGACAUGAGAAAAAAAAUGGCCUGAUGUUUGAAACAACACUUUGCUCUUUUGGUUUGGUUUUUCAUUUGCAGCCCCGGUCCCCUGCCGCGAGCCCCGGGGGUGGGGCGCGGGGGCAGGCGGGGGCCGACUGGCAGAGGCUGCUGCGGGAGACACUGGGGGGGCGGAAGUUGGUGUGUGCAUGGGGAGGCGGAAACGCGGUUUCGGCCCUUGGAGGUUCCCCUGCUGCAGCCACACUGAAGGCUGGGCUGAGUUUCUGGACGGGAAAAGGGAGUUGGGGCUCAUUAGAAUGAUCUCAACCCCACCUUCCUGCGUUGUCUCUGGGCCUUCAGCGCCUCCCUCCUGCCCCCGCUGCCUCUGGACGGGACUUGUGUACUGGGGUGUGCCGCUCUAGGGGGAGCCCUGUACGCACCCGCAGCAGCUCGGGCAGGGAGUGACAAGCAAUACUUCUCCAUUAGACCAGUCUGGACCCUGCCCUGGCUGCUGGCUUCAGCAACCCGGCACGCCAUCCUUCCCUCUGAACCCAAUGCUGCCUGCAGCUGCUGUGUGCCAUGCAAGAGUCCCAAUCCCUCCGUCCUCCCCCGCCACGUGUGCUGGGGCGCUUUAGGGUGGCCCUUUCCCCGCUGCUUGGGCUAGAUAAGAGUGCGUCCUUGUCAUAACCAGGAACCACAGAGUGACCAAGGUGCUGGCAGCUGGGUUUUAAGGAGCAGAUGUGGAUUUUGGUGCUAGUCCUCGUCACCCUGCUGGGCAGGGAUUUGUCAGAUCUCACCCUCUCCGCAGGGCUGGCCUGGCUUGGUACGUGGCUGAGAGGCCACCUACACCCACCCAGCACCCUGCCCUGUGGGUCACACCAGGGCCAAGCUCCCAUCUCUCCGAUGUGCUGAAAACUGGACUUCCGGGCCACUCAGACCCCCCCCAGCAUUUUUCACAACAGCCACCCCUUGUGGCCCGGCGCUGGCGGGAGUUCUGGUGGGUGAAGGGCCCUGUGAUGAGCUGUCAGCAGAGCAGACAGUUCAGUCGCUGAGCAGCUCUAGCCUGAGCUGGCCCAAACAGCUGCUGGUGUGCUCUUAGAAACAGUCCCAUGUGGCGGGAGAGGUGAUGGGGUCUGCAGUGUCCUCUCUCGUUGCUGGGCUGGGGACCCCCGGGGCUGGCUAAGUGGGCUCCAGCUGGAGGCGGCUGGGGCUGGAAGCAGUUCUAGCUUUGCUCCCGUCCUUUUUUUUUUUAAAACGAGUGAGUCCUGAACUCGCACACGCCCAACCAGGCGACCUUCGAGCGCCCCUCGUUAGAAUCGCCCUCGGUGAGCAGCCAGCAACCAUUUAGACCUGUAAGAAUUUACCAGCCCCUUCCCCUGUGCGCACACACUCCCCCGCCCCAUUACAUGGGCAUACAGGUGCCCCGUAUCUUUGAUUCCCCAGCAUUGCUGGUUGCAGAGACACUUGUGUAACCGUGACCUGGCCCCUUUGCCACUUAGCUGAUUCACUCCAUGAUGUCACAGCCCAUUCUUUGUUCUUGCGGGAAUGCUGUCUCCAUCACAGAGGCUGGAGGGAUAGUAAAUGGAGUGGGCUGAACGGGACAGAAACAGCCCACUAGCGCAGAACUAGACCUUCCCAGCCCUUGGGUGUGUUGGCCCAUUGACACCAAUGAGACGACUUACCGGGAGAUUUCCAAAAUCAAAUCCAUGAAAGUCAGAAACGUAGGGACACGAACUAGAGCCGCACGCACAGUUUAAAGGGGUCAAAGGCAGUUUGGGUUGGUAUUUGUCUGAGUGUGUUGGAUGGCAUCUUGGCCUUGCUGACGUACGCCAGAAGGAAUGAGCCCGUCUGAGAACGAAUUGCCGUAGAACCUCAGAGUUACGAACGCCGGAGUAAUGAACUGGCCAGGCAACCAGCCACCCCGUUUGGAACCGGAAGUACGCAAUCAGGCAGCAGCUGAGACCAAACAAAACAAAAAAGCAACUCCAGUGCAGUGCUGUGUUAAAUGUAAACUACUCAAAAACGAAAGGGAAAGUGCCAUUUUUCUUCUGCAUAGUAGUUUCAAAGCUCUAUUCAGUCACUGUUCGGUUGUAAACACUGGAAGGAACAACCAGACCGUUUUGUUCCGAGUUACGAACAUUUCAGAGUUAUGAACACCCUCCGUUCCUGCUGCGUUUGUAACGCUGAGGUUCUACUUACAUAUAUAUAGAAAUUAUUGAUGUUUAACAUCACACUCGGCUUGGAAUCACACGUGGUUGGAUGUGAGCAACGCCACCCCCCUCCUGCAGCCUAAGCAAUUGCUGCAUUGCGCCAGACAAGAAUCUGGACCCCUCCUCAACCAGGGCCAUGCCCAAGCAAAGCCAAUUCACCCAUUGUAACCUGUCUGGUGGUAGUGCUGUGCGCGUUUCAUGCUGCCAUGCUUGGCUCGCCAUCUCACCGCCACUCACCUCGCCCUCAAUGUUUGCUGGCCAAGAAAUGUCUGUUGUUUCAAAAGCUUGCCACGGGCCAUGGGAAAAAAACUGUGUCCCUGGCACCAUUGCCUGAAAUCCUGGCUAUUUUUAGUGGCAUCUUGUACAUAUGACUGUAAAAUGGUAAAUCGUGUGUAUUAUAUAUUGCCUCAUUAUAUAGUGUAUAUAUAUGUAUACAUAUACAUAUAUAUAAUAUAUAUGAAGACUGUAAAUGUUCAGACUAGUGUACUUAUUAGUAUAUUGCUUCACACUGAAGAUUGUGUGUAACAAGCUGUUUCUAAAAGAUGUUUAUUUUCCUUAAGAGUAAAAAACAGGUCAUUGCAUUCAGAACGUCAAUAAAGAUACAACAAUUGUUUUGGAAGUA